UUGCCCUGCGCUGUGCCUUCUCCAAAACGCUGCUCAUGGUAGGCUCCAGCGACCCCUCCCCUGACGCUUUCCGGGAUGGCAGGUACCUGAUGGACAGCUGAGGAUGACCUUGACUGACAGGCUGCGUGAGAAGAUAUCGCAGGCGUUCUACAACCACGGGCUACUCUGCGCUUCCUGCCCAAUCCCCAUCAUCCUCUUCACCGCCCUCUGUGUCCUGGCCUGCUGCUAUCCAUUGCUGAAGCUCCCGUUACCCGGCACCGGACCUGUGGAAUAUACCACCUCUGUGAAGGACUAUUCACAGCCCGUGUCCUACCCAGCCCACCAGCAAGGAGAGCCCAGUGAAAGGCCUGACUGGUACACCGGUGCCCCUGUAGCCUACAUCCAGCAGGUCCUGGUGAAAGCGACGGUCUCCCCGUGGCCCAAGCACUUCCUGGCCGUUGAUGUGUUUCGAUCACCCCUCUCCCGUGUCUUUCAGCUUGUGGAGGAAAUCAGAAAUCACGCCUUGCGCGACGGCCCCAGUGUCAAAAGUCUGGAAGAAGUCUGCCUUCAGGUGACAGAUCUCCUGCCCAACUUGAAGAAGCUCCGGGGCCUGCUUCCAGAACAUGGCUGCCUGCUCCUGUCCCCGGGGAACUUCUGGCAGAACGACCGGGAGCACUUCAAUAAUGAUCCCGACAUCAUUAAAACGAUCCACCAGCACGAACCAAAGACGUUGCAGACAUCGGCUACCCCCAAAGAUCUGUUGUUCGGAGUUCCAGGGAAGUACAGCGGGGUGAACCUGUACAAUAGGAAGCGGGUGGUAUCCUACACCGUCACCUUGGCUCUGCAGCACUACGAUUCCAGGUUCCUCUCCAGCCUCCGCUCCCGCCUCAAGCUGCUGCACCCCAGCCCCAACUGCACCCUGCGGGAGGAGCAGAUCGUCCACGUCCACUUCAAGGAGGAGAUCGGCAUCGCAGAGCUGAUCCCCCUCGUCACCACCUACAUCAUCCUCUUCGCCUACAUCUACUUCUCUACGCGCAAGAUCGACCUGGUGAAAUCAAAAUGGGGUUUGGCCCUGGCGGCGGUCGUGACUGUCCUCAGCUCUCUGCUCAUGUCCGUCGGCCUGUGCACGCUCUUUGGCCUGACGCCGACACUCAACGGAGGAGAGAUCUUCCCAUACCUCGUCGUCGUGAUCGGCCUGGAGAACGUGCUGGUCCUCACCAAGUCUGUGGUUUCCACACCCGUUGACCUGGAAGUGAAGCUGAGGAUUGCACAAGGACUGAGCAACGAGAGCUGGUCCAUCAUGAAGAACAUGGCCACCGAGCUGGGGAUCAUUCUGAUUGGUUACUUCACCCUGGUCCCAGCCAUCCAGGAGUUCUGCCUCUUUGCGGUGGUCGGCCUGGUGUCCGACUUCUUCCUCCAGAUGCUCUUCUUCACCACCGUCCUGUCCAUCGACAUCCGUCGGAUGGAGCUCGCCGAUCUCAACAGGCGGCUCCCGGCCGAAGCCUGCAUGCCUCCAGCCAAGCCAGCGAGUCGCUCCCAACGUUACGAGCGCCAGCCCCCCGAGGUUGCAGGGGAGCCCCAGCAAGGCCGUGGUGUUCCGGCAGCCAAGAAGGGCUGCGUGGUCCAGAUGCCAAAGGCUCGCGCUGGGACAGUGGUCUGGAUCGGCAUCCUGGUUUACACGGACCCCGCAGGGCUUCGCCCCUACCUGGCGUCGCAAGUCACCGAGCAGAGCCCGCUGGGCGAGGCGGGUCUGCCGGCCAUGCCGGUCCCCGGAGAAGUCCUCCCCACGGGCGACACCAAGCUGUCCCUCUCGGUCUUCCCUCCGGACCCGGUGCAGCAGCAGCUGCUGGAGAACCAGACGUCGGAGUCCCUGAGCAGGCAGGAGGCCGGUCGCUCGAGCGAGGAGCGGGAGAGGCCGGGGGGCAGCGGGCAGCCAGAGAGGACGAGGAGAUCUGGAGGAAGCUCUCCUUCCGGCACUGGCCCUCACUCUUCAGCUACUACAACAUCACGGGAAGUGACCUGGGGAGCAGAGGACGAGGAGAUCUGGAGGAAGCUCUCCUUCCGGCACUGGCCCUCACUCUUCAGCUACUACAACAUCACGCUGGCCAAGCGGUACAUCAGCAUCCUUCCGGUGAUCCCCGUAACGCUGUACCUGAAUCCACAAGAGGCCUUGGAAGCGCGCCACCCUCAGGAGGCAAAUCGCUACCACCCUUUCUUCUACAUGAGCAGCGGAAAGGCCGAGCUGCCCGACCCGCUGACCGAAGGCGUGCUGAAGGGUCAGGGGCACCGGGACAUCACCCUCUACAAGGUAGCUGCUUUGGGCCUGGCCUCUGGGAUCCUCCUGGUUCUCUUGCUCUUCUGCCUGUACAAAAUCUUGUGCCCCAAAACCUACGGCCAGAACGGGCUCUCGCACAGCAGGAGAAGAAGGGGGGACCUGCCCUGCGACGACUACGGCUACUCCCCGCCAGAGACAGAGAUCAUCCCGCUGGUCCUCAGAGGCCACCUCAUGGACAUCGAGUGCCUGGCCAGUGACGGGAUGCUGCUCGUUAGCUGCUGCCUGGUGGGUCAGAUCCGGGUGUGGGAUGCCCAGACGGGCGACUGUCUCACCGUGGUUCCUAAGCAAGGGCUGCGCCGAGACAACAGCGGCAUCUUCGACUACCAGGACUGCUGGGACCAGAGCAACGGCAAGGGCGGGCUGGAGAACUCCUUCGACGGCGGCAGCAGCAGCAGCCGCCCCUUCAAGAGGGCGCGGAGUCCCCCGCAGCUACCCCUCUUCAGCGACCAGCCGGACCUGACCGCCCUGAUCGACACCAACUUCUCGGAGCAGGCGAAGGCGGCCCCCCCGGAGCCCCGCCACCGCGCCCUCUGCGGCCGCCCGAGGGAGCGAGGCUACGACUUCAGCAGCCUGGUGGAGAAGGCCUACGAGGAGCAGGGCGCCUCCCACAGCCUGAGCUUCGCGGGCUUCUCCGCCCCCUCCGGGCAGGCCGUCUCCCGGUCCCCUGGCGGUGGCUGCGGGGGCGAGGACGGGGAGUGCAGCCCCCGCAGGAGCAGCCUGGUGGACUCGGAGCUUCCGGGGGGCUUGGAGCAGGCCUCCCCCCUCCCCUCGUGGGGGGGCGACUUCGAGAGCUCCAUCUGGAGCCUGGAGCUGCAGGGGAACCUGAUUGUCGCCGGCCGGAGCAACGGGAGACUGGAGGUGUGGGACGCCAUCGAAGGCACUCUGCAGUGCAGCCACGAAGAUAGCCCGUCCGGCAUCACUUCCCUCAUUUUCCUCAACAGCAGGAUCGUGGCUGCCCGGCUGAACGGCUCCCUGGAUUUCUUCUCCUUGAAAACACACGCUUCUUUUGAUCACUCCCAGUAUCGAGGGACUCCGAGCAGGAGCAGCCUCCCGUCGUCGUCUCCGAUGUACAGCAGCAACGACGUCAUCGUUUGUCAGCUGACCCACACCGUGACCUGUGCCCAUCAGAAGCCCAUCACGGCCCUCAAGGCUGCGGCCGGACGGCUGGUCACCGGGAGCCAGGACCACACGCUGAGAGUGUACCGUCUGGAAGACUCCUGCUGCCUCUUCACCCUGCAGGGUCACUCGGGAGCCAUCACAGCCGCCUACAUCGACCAGACCAUGGCGCUGGCCAGCGGAGGCCAGGACGGCGCCAUCUGCCUCUGGGACGUGCUGACGGGCAGCAGAGUGAGCCACAUGUACGCCCACCGCGGGGACGUCACCUCCCUGACCUGCACGAGCGCCUGCGUCAUCAGCAGCGGCCUGGACGACGUCAUCAGCAUCUGGGACCGGAGCUCUGGGAUCAAGCACUACUCCAUCCAGCAGGACAUGGGCUGCGGGGCCAGCCUGGGCGUCAUCUCGGACAACCUGCUGGUGACGGGCGGCCAGGGCUGCGUCUCCUUCUGGGACAUCGGCUACGGCGACCUGCUGCAGACGGUCUACCUGGGCAAGAGCAACGAGGCCCAGCCGGCCCGGCAGAUCCUGGUGCUGGAGAACGCGGCCAUCGUCUGCAACUUCGGCAGCGAGCUCAGCCUGGUCUACGUCCCCUCUGUGCUGGAGAAGCGCGACUGAGAAGGAGCGUGGGGGGGGAGGGGCCUCCCAUCGGGGCACGGGCCUCCUGGCAUCGGGUAGCCACCGAGUGCGGCCUCCCUGGCCCCACACACAGUGGGGGGGGGAGAGAGAGGGGGCCUCCUGCUCCUGGCUUUCCCUCUAGGCUUGGAUUGCAAGCACACCAUCCGUAGGAGAAGGGGGAGACGUGGGCGCCUGAAAGGGGGCACAGGGGUCACUGUGAGCCCUUGUGGCCCUAGCAAGUAGAGUAAAGGGGCAGAGAAGGUCCCCCGUGUGCCACGGGGAGGCGGUCCUGUGAGCUGUGGCGCCCGUCCACUGUGGCAGGCGCAGCGGCGGCCUCAGGCCUGUCCGAAGAUGGGAGGCGUUUGCCCGCUUACUGCUCUCCAUAAAAGGAAGGCCUCCCUCCUCGGAGGAGGCGGAGCUGGGAAGAGAAGGGUCCGCUCCGGCUGUUCCCCAAAGAUGAGUCCAUAAGGGGGGUCUGGCUCCGUGGCUGCCUGGAGUCCUCCUGCUGUCCUGCUGACAGGGAGGGGGGUGGGAGGAGCCCCCUGGAGCCCAGGCCUCCGGGGCAGUGGGGCCAGAGAAGCCAGUCCGGCAAGCGCCCCACAAGCUUGGCUCCGUUCCCGCUUAAGCCCACCAAAGGCCCGGCCGCCCCUUCUAGCAAUAAGCCCUCUUUGGCCGGCAUCCCGCCCCCGCCUGGCCCAGGGAGGGAGCCCGUGGCACCGCUGGCCCUAUUUAUUGAUGUGCUGUACAUAUUUAUUUAUUGUGGCAGGACGGGGGGAGGGGGGCUUGGCCGGAGACCCCGCAGGGGCAGCGCAACCCCACCCGCUUUGUUCUCCCGUGCAUCGGCUUUCCCACCGGGGAGGGAAAGGGUCCUGUCGAGGUUGUGGCACGUCCCCCUUUCCUGCGGUUCUGGCACUGGGCCCACCCGUGGCCCCCGAAAGGGCCACGGGGGUCUUCCGCCCGCCCUUGGUCAGUCUUGGUAGCGCCAGGAAGCAGCCCAGCACCAGGGGCAAAAGUCUAGCUUCCACUCCCGCCCACGAGGGACGGCCGGUACCUGGCCAGAUAUGCAUUUGGGGCUGCUUUGGACCUCGGGCGGGGGCUCAACUAACAGAAACAAGGGGGGGGGAGGCAGAGAGGAAGGAAGAGGAACUGGAAGAACCCAUCCUGUGUUUCCAGCUGUGGAAACUAUCGAAGUCUGUUUUUUUUGUUUUUAAUGCCGGUUAGUGUAGUGAAGGAUGCUUUGGGAUUAAUCUGCCGUCUUCUGCCCUGCCCUCCCCAGCUGGGCUAGUGCUCCUGGGGGGGGGCGGGCGAGGGAGGGAGGCGGCAGUCCCCGACUGGCUCCGUCACUGCUCUCGUGGUUCCUCCCCCUCGUGGCCCCUGCCGAUCCCCGUCGUCGUCCGCGUCCACCCCAAGAUGUGCCUCCGGUGGCCUUAGCUCUGCUGUACCCUUUGGACUGUACGGUGGCAGCAGCUUUUGUACCAGGUUGUGUUUUCUAAAGUGUACAGGUGCAGACACAUUAAA